AUGAACGCGCAGUUCCAAGCGACCCUUUCGGAUUUCGAAGCGAAACUCAACGCGCUCAUCGUCAGCCUGACAACCUCUCCCACUGCCGCCGGGGCACCCGCCGCCGCACUCAACCUCCUCGACGCGGACGACUCGCUCACUUCGGCGGUGGAUACCCUCCGCACUCACCAGGCAAACUAUGCGAAAAUACUGCAGCUGCGAGCGGAGGCCGAAAGUCUAGAGGAAAGGGUCAAGACCAUAGUGCGAGACAUAGUGAGCUACGAGAAAGAUAUUCAAACAGCAUGCGGCCAUAGCGAUGACUCCGAGUCGGAGUCCGAUGAUAGCUCGGACGGGCCCGACGAAGACAACGACGAUGCUAUGCUCGGUCGCAAAUCCGAACUUCGACGCACGAAGGAGAUAGACUAUCGAAUCCUCCUGGACUUCGCGCGACGGAUCAGCAAAUACAACCAUCAAGCAGCGGCAGACGCAGCGGAGGGAAUCAACGAGGCCAAAGCGCGAAAGAAGAUCGAGCAGGGGCAUGAUCACGACAUGGACAUGUCAGGAGUCAACGGGGCAGAUACUGACCCUGCGGAGCCGGUGUCAUCCGUUACCAAGGAUGCGACGUUUUGGCUGGACGAGUCGGCCAAUAUGACGCGGCAGAUUUAUAUGCUGCCGUAUCCCACGGAGGAUCGGAUACGAAUGGGUCUUAUGGGUCAGAUUCAGCUGGCUGCCGCGGAGGGCGGGUCAUCAUUGGAUCCUGAUCAGGAGGUGGAACGGCUUAUUCGUGAGGCGGAGGGAUUUGGUGUCGCGAAGGCGGCUGCUCAUGUACAUCCUGGGGAAGAUACCCAACAUGCAGAUAUGGCUGCGAAGGCUGCGGCUCAUGCGGGGUCGAUGGCAAAUAGUGGAGGCAGAUCGGGUGCUCCGCCGCCGAAACCUAAGGCUACUCUUGAUCUUGAUCUGUAUGAUCCUGAGGAUGAUGAUGUUUGA